AUGGUAACUUCUACAAUUGACAAGGUUGAAGAGAAACCAUUCAUUGAACAAAUUUCAACCGACGAUAUAGAAGAUAUAUCACAAGGAGAAAAAUACAUAGUAUUUAAAGAAGAUAGUGAAGAAUUAAGUUUCCAUAAAGAACAAUUCGUGGAUUAUAAUGAGUUAGAUUAUGAUUCAGAGGAUGAUCCUGAUGAUCCUGCUAAUUGGCCCUUGAGAAAAAAGUGGUUUAUUAUAAUAACACUUUCAUUGAUUUGCUUUUGCUGUACUUUGGGAUCUUCUAUCUAUAUUGCUGGUGUUCCAGAAAUGAUGGUAGUAUUUGGUAAAUCCAGAGAGAUUUGUAUUUCAGGGUUAACUCUUUAUUUAUUGGGGUUAUCUUUUGGUCCCUUUUUCACUGCUCCAUUAUCUGAAGUCAUUGGUAGAAGAAUCAUCUACAUCUCAAGUUUUCCAAUAGGUAUGUUAUUCGUAUUAGGUAUUGGUUUUGCCAAAAAUAUUGAAACUGUUUUGGUGUUAAGAUUCUUCGCUGGUUAUUUUUCCUCUCCUGCUUUAUCAUUAGUGGGUGGAACUAUAUCAGAUUUAUUUCAUAAAGACCCCCAACUUAUGUCGAAAGCAAUUGCAAUGUUUUGUUUAGCUCCAUUUGCAGGUCCAGUUCUUGGACCAGUCAUUGGAGUAUUAUUGAUGUUUUACGGUCUCGUAUUACCAUUCUUAAUGACAGUGCCAGAAACUUACAAACCGAUUCUUUUAGUUAAGAGAGCUAAAAAGAGAGGAAUAAAUAUUCAAGGUCCAACAUUUUCCAAGAAAUAUUUCAUUCAGAUGGCUCAAAAUGAUUUAGUUAAACCGAUUAAAAUGUUUAUUUCUGAUCCAAUAGUUUCAGUCUUAUCUAUCUAUAUUGCUUUCGUGUUUGCAGUUUUAUUUGCAUUCUUCGAAGCCUACCCUGUUAUAUUUAUGGAAGUUUAUCAAAUGGAUGUUGGGGAAGCUGGAUUACCAUUUUUAGGUAUUGGUAUUGGUGUUGUAUCUGGUUUAGCAACAUUUGCAAUCAUUAAUAAAUAUUUAUUCUUUCCAAAAGAAGGAAAAGUUAACAAAUAUACCACACCAGAAUCUACAUUUAUUGUCUGCAAAAUUGGUAGUGUUUGUUUACCAAUAUCUUUAUUUUGGUUAGGAUGGACUUCAAAACCAAGUAUUCAUCCCUUGGUUCCAAUUGCGGCUGGAAUACCAUUUGGAUUUGGUUUAUUAUUGGUUUUCUUUAAUGUUUUACUUUAUUUUUCAAAAUGUUAUCCUCCAUCAAAUGUUGCUUCUGCUGUUGCCGUGAAUAAUUUGUUUCGUUAUUUUGUGGCUGCAAUUUUUCCUUUAUUCACAGUACAAAUGUUUACCAAUUUACAAAUCAAAUGGGCAUGUUCUUUAUUUGGAUUUAUUGCUUUAGGUAUGGUAUCAGUUCCAUUUAUAUUUGAAAGAUAUGGAGCAAAACUCAGAGCAAAUUCAAAAUACUGUGGCGUAGAUAAAGAUGAACAACGUGAAAUUUCAGAAGUUUAA